CGUUUUUAAAUUCCACUGAUCGUCUUCUAUUCUAGUUCGAUUCUCGGCGUACUGGACGAGAAAAUCCAGAUCGGGAAUCAACUUAGAGAAGGAAAAAAAAAGACAACUUCUAAAGAUGAAUUUAGGGUUCGUAGUUGGAGUUUUCGGCGUUCUGAUUCUCUCCCAUGCCGCUUAUUCAACAAUCCAAUAUAGAGGAUUGUUGAAGAUCAUGGAGGAAGAGUUCUCUCGACCACCGAUUAAUGUUAUUCUGGAGUUGAUCAUCGGGCUAGCUCUGUGUAUGUGGGCUGCUUUGACUUUCCCUGGGAAAUUUCUCUCGAUCCAUCCGGAUUCUGAUGAAAACAGGACUGUGUCUUUACCAGAUAACUCAGAUUUCAUGAUAUUCAAUCACCGUGGCAGACUGUUCCCACCGGAGAUCGACAUGAAGUUUUGACUUUUAUCACACUGCUUAGUCAAACAUUGAUCUAUCUAAUGUUAUGAGAUGUUUCCAUUGAACUUAAACUCUUAAGCAACUACUCUGCUUUGCAUCAAUUUUUGAUUCUUGAAACGAGUCUUGUGAAGUUUCUGUGUGUCAGGGUCUCUACUUGGAAUCGUAGAUUAAUGAAAAAUCAACAUAACA